UAGCGAUCGGGGUCCUUCAGAUGUGUUUUGGAUGCAAUGAAAGCCGCAGUUUCAACAACUGUCCUUCUGCUGUUAGGGAUCGAAUAGAAUUAAAGUCUGCACUGGGUUCACAAGUGUUUGCCUCAGUAUUUGGCUACACCUGUCGUGUUCGCGUUUAUUAAAAUGUCCACACCUUCUGAAAAGCCUCAGAUUAUCUCACACAUUCACAAAAGCCUGAAUUAUACAGUAUUUGACAGCAAAUGGAUCCCAUGCAGCGCCAAGUUUGUUUGCAUGGGCAACUUCGCCAGAGGAACGGGAGUGAUGCAGAUUUAUGAAGUUGAACGUGGAGAGGUGCAUCUCGUUAAGGAGAUUGAAAAAGCCAAGCCUAUAAAAUGUGGGACUUUUGGUGCUACUUCUCUGCAGCAAAGACACAUAGCUACGGGAGACUUUGACGGGAACCUCCACAUAUGGAACUUGGAAGCAGCUGACGUCCCAGUGUACUCCGUGAAGGCACACAAGGAGAUUGUGAACUGCAUUGAUGGCGUGGGAGGCUUGGGAAUUGGAGAUGGAGCCCCUGAAAUUGUGACAGGAAGCAGAGAUGGGACAGUAAAGGUUUGGGACCCCAGGCAGAAGGAUUUGCCUGUUGCUAACAUGGAGCCAGUCGAAGGGGAACCCAGGAGAGACUGCUGGACGGUGGCUUUUGGCCACGCCUUCAAUGAUCAGGAUCGGUGUGUGUGUGCUGGCUAUGACAAUGGGGAUAUCAAGCUCUUUGAUCUCCGAAACAUGUCCCUGCGAUGGGAAAAGAACAUAAAAAAUGGGGUAUGCUGCGUGGAAUUUGACCGGAAAGACAUCAGCAUGAACAAACUGGUGGCUACAUCGCUGGAGGGCAACUUUCACGUAUUCGACAUGCGAACCCAGCACCCGACCAAAGGCUUUGCAUCGGUUUCAGAAAAGGCCCACAAAUCCACAGUGUGGCAGGUGAGACACUUGCCACAAAACAGAGACGUCUUCAUGACCACAGGUGGAGCAGGAAACCUACAUCUGUGGAAGUACGAGUAUCCAGCUCAGAGGAGCAGGAAGGACGCUGAGGAUGUGGACAUGGGGGUGGCCGGCUCCCUGAACCUGCUGCAGAACGUCACCUUGUCCACACAACCCAUCGCCAGCCUGGACUGGAGCCCCGACAAGCAGGGCCUGUGCGUCUGCUCGGCUUUUGACCAGGCCGUCCGCAUCCUCAUCGUCACCAAACUCAACCGCGUGUGAAGGGCACCUCGUUUUCCCGGCCACGUCCUCAGGGGGUCUGACUUACUGAAGGUGUCCCCUGUUCAGGAGCCUCUCGUUCUAAGGAACAGAGCAAGAUCUGCCCUCUUUGUUUCGGUUUCAUUCUCACUCUGGUUUUAUUUUUUAUAAAUUUACCCUGUAUAACUUC